UCCCCCGAUGCCCCGGAGGAGGGACCGGCCGGGAGAAGGAAGGAGAAAGAUCGAACCAGGAAAGGAAGGAAAGAAAGAGGCCAAGAACGGCUGGUGGAUCGGGAUUUCGUGGGACGAGGAUACUGCGAUUUGGUUAUCAUUGCUCGAUCCACUGGCGACUCAUAUGGUAAGCCAAAUUUACUUCCCCAUGAUACCGAUCCAAAGAAAGAUGCGGCCUUUAUCCUCUGCGAGCUCAUAAAUAGCGAGAAGGAACGUAGAGUACAACAGGGCAGUGAUAUCUUCUUAUCCUUUACGUGCGUUUCUCAGUUGGUCUUGUACGGUCGAUCGUAUCUUCGGCUGUGAGCAGAGGGCAAUUGUUGAAGCAUCGUUGAACCUGGAGUUGCUAGAAUUUCACACAGGAUCCUUUCCGCAGGUUUCCAACAUACUUAUAUAGCUUGAAAAUUUUGCAAGUUCUUCCCUACAAAAAAGGAUGGAGCAAAAAAUAGUGAUCAAGAUUAAUGUGAUAUGUGACAGGUGCCGCAACAAGGCCCUGAAGUUAGCAUCAAGUGUGAGAGGUGUGGAAUCUGUUGCAAUACAAGGCAGGAACAGGAACCGUGUAGUAGUGACUGGAGAAGGGGUUGAUUCUGUAUGCUUAACAAGCAUUUUAAGGCAGAAGAUGGGCUAUGCAGAGAUCAUUGGUAUAAGCAGAGCGAGCUUUGAUGAGGUUCAGGAGUGUGAGGUGCCAGGCCAUCAGGAAGUACCACAAUGUUACAACAAUUACUGUGGACCUCCGCAGAUGAUGUCUAAUGGAGUUUGCAAUACAUAUUCAAAUGGUUACAACCAUUAUUAUCCACCACACCCACAUACCAUCCAUGAUGGGUGGUAUGCCUCUCGCCCAAGCUUUUGCUCGAUUAUGUAAAAUAUUAUUGUAAGUAAUGUCAUGUUGGUUUGGGCUUGAAUAAUUUGUUCAUAUGGAACUUGAAUGGAAUGAUAAGGAGAAGGUAGGUACUUUCUCAUGUAUAUUUGCCACAUGGAUAUGAACUUGAACAUAGUCUUUGAACUUUCUAUGCUCCACAACGGCAGGAGCUUUGUGUACCAAACUUUUUUUUCGCCUUUUGUUAUGUUGACCAGUUUGGAACCUUUAUGCUCAGGAUUAUGAUAUCUGCUCUUUCAUUUCUUCUUGGUUAUGAAUGAGUCAAAGAAGAGGAUCACACUGGAGACUCAAGCA